AUGAGAAAUUUCCAUAUUAAUGAACAUCGAGUAGAUGAUAUAUGGGAAGAUCGAGAGCACCAACAACAAAUAAUACAAAGUACCAUUUUCACUGAAAUAUUACCUAUAUCUAGACUAGUCUCAUCAACUCCAUCUGAAAAUUUUAAUCAAAUCGGAAGAGAGACUUUAUAUACAGAAUCUACUACUCCUCUUAAUAUAGAAAUAAAAAAGAGAAGUUCCAAAUCUUGGUCUAAAUCCGUUCAUAUAUCUUAUCCAAUAUCUAUUAAUAACUCUAAUGCAGUAGUAUCUAUAUUUAAUGAGACGGAAAAAAUAAAUUGUGAGGAUCUGGGUGCAUUAUAUGAAAAAGAAGCCAGAAGAGAUGAGAAAAAUAAAGCAAAUAUGACUCGCCUAUUAGCUACUACAUAG